AUGAGCCCGAACCCGGCGUGGUCCGAGUGGGGCGCCUGCACACAGUGCGGCAACCAGCGCUUCAGACACCGCAACAUCGCCCGGGUGCCCAACCACUGCGGCAAGCCUUGCGACGCCAAAGCGGCGAAGGAGCUGGGCGAGUGUGAAAGCCAUUGCGACAAGAAGUACUACUGCGUGUGGUCAGACUGGGAGCGCAUGGGAAGCUGCUCAAGGACAUGCGGGUCGGGUACUCGUAUGCGACAGCGGCAGCUAACCUUGGAGCCGGACAAGCCCUACGAGGAUCGGCUUUUCUUCGAGACGACUGUGGACAGCUCCUGCAGUGGCUCGCAGAUUGUCACGGAGACCUGCGAGCUUCCCGGCUGCGAAGCCUGCAUUCCGGAGGAUUGCAUCUUCAACGAGUGGUCUGAGUGGUCCUCGCCAACGUGCACACAGCUCUGCGAGCGGCACCGCACCGUGAACCAGGAAAGCAGCUGCGGCGGAAAGCUGUGCCAAGGACCACUUUUGGAGACGAAGAGGUGCCCACACCACUGCAACCAGCCUGUGGACUGCCUCUUUGGAGAUUGGAGCGAUUGGAGGGGCGAGUGCUUGGGAGCACAGGACCAGAGGCCCGGAGACAGAGCGACCGAUUUCGAUGGCUAA